GCCGACCCUCACUAAUCCCCCACCUCACUCUCUCCUCCUCUCUCCACUACCUUUCCCCACCCCCCGCCCCCCGCUCUCUCUCUCUCCCCGACUCCCCCUCCAAAUCGAGCCAAGAGCGCCGCCAUCGCCGCCGCAUUUACUCUUUGACUAUUCCUCUCCCUAGCUUUCCGCCAUGGCCGGCGCGCCGCUCCGCCGCCGCCUCCUGCUACCCCUCGCGCUCCUCGCCGCCGCGGCGGCCGCCUCCUGCGCGGCGGCGGCGAAGGCGCCCAGGCUGUCGCCCAACUACUACCGCCGCAGCUGCCCGCGCGUGGAGCGGAUCGUGUCCGACGUCAUCGCCGCCAAGCAGCGCGCCAACCCGUCCACGGCGGCGGGCACGCUGCGCCUCUUCUUCCACGACUGCUUCGUCAACGGCUGCGACGCGUCCGUGCUCGUCUCCCCGCUCUCCUCCGACGCGUCCCCGGAGCGCGCCGCCGAGAUCAACCUCUCCCUCCCGGGGGACGCCUUCGACGCCGUGGACCGCGCCAAGGCGGCGCUCGAGGCCGCCUGCCCCGGCGUCGUCUCCUGCGCCGACAUCCUCGCCCUCGCGGCGCGGGACCUGGUGGGCAUCCUCGGCGGGCCCCGGUUCCCCGUCGCGCUGGGCCGGCGCGACGCCCGCCGCUCCGACGCCCGUGACGUCGAGGGGAACCUGCCCCGCACCAACAUGUCGGCGCGCGCCAUGGCGCGGCUCUUCGCCAGCAAGGGCAUCACGCCCCGGGAGAUGGUGGCGCUGGCCGGCGCCCACACCGUGGGCUUCUCCCACUGCGGCGAGUUCGCGCACCGCAUCUACGGAUACCGCGGCGCCGGCGGCCACGACCCGCGCCUGAACCCGGAGUUCGCCCUCGCGCUGCAGCGCUCCUGCGCCGGGUACCGGAGCGACCCCACCGUCUCCAUCUUCAACGACAUCGUCACGCCCAGGGACUUCGACGAGGCAUACUACAAGAACCUGCCCCGCGGGCUGGGCCUGCUCGCCUCCGACGCCGCGCUCUGGGAGUACCCGCCCACCAGGGUCUUCGCCGAGCGCUACGCCGGCAACCGCACCGCCUUCUUCGAGGACUUCGCCGCCGCGAUGCAGAGGCUCGGCGCCGUCGGCGUCAAGACUGGCCGCCAGGGCGUCGUCAGGCGCCGCUGCGACGCGCUCGACUGAGAUGAGCGGAAUUGCUGCGCAUUCCGUCGGUGGCUUGUUGUAAGGGUUCGAAUUCGAUAGGUUAGGAUUCGAUUGGGGAAUGGAGCUGUUGUCUGAAACUCUGAACAUGAAAAAGACUCGGGCAUGUGAGUUCUUGACAGGCCGAUGAACUGAAGGCAAAGCUAGUUCUGAAUUUCAUACAGAUUGGGUGUCA